GAUAUUGGUGGGACUUGUGUAUUCCUGGCGUGUAAGUCUGAGGAAACCACAAGAAAAAUGAGCGAAGUGGCCGUGGCUUGUGCAAAGACCGCCAGAAAGGACAAGAAUCUCAAAGACGAAAAA